UUAAAUAUUAAAGGGGCAAUAUACGUGUAAGGGUGUUGUAUUUGCAGAACCUAGAUAUUACAAGAUAAUAUAUAGUGUAGUGCAUCCAACGACAUGGAGACCCCAACAGCCGAUGAUUUGCUACAGUUUCGCGACUAUAGCACCACAAGCGCAACUAACAGUGGCAGCGGUCAACCAGCGCAAAUCAAUGUGAAUUCGCCAACGCAUUCUCUUGGAGCUAGUGGUUCUGGUGGCAGUAGCGCAAGCUUUGGUGGCAAUAGCGCACAACGUCAACGUGGUGAUCCCCUGGCCGAUCUUAUCUACGAUAUGAGCAAGUCAGCACAAACAUUUGGUGGCGGCUCAGGCGGCGGAGGUGGCAAUCAGAAUUCAGGACUGGAUGGUGCCGAAGGCGUCGCAACUGGGGGUCGUCUAUCAUUUCUGACCAUUGAGUAUUAUCAGCAAUUCUUCAAUGUGGAUACUUAUAUGGUGAUGGAGCGCAUUGUCAAUUCGAUGAUACCCAAACGGGCAGCUGGAAACUAUCUACGCAUGAAUAUUGGCGAGAAUCCCGAUCUCUAUGGUCCAUUCUGGAUAACUGUCACUUUGAUCUUCUCGAUUGCCAUAAGCGGCAAUAUUGCCAACUAUUUGCAUCAGGCCAAUGAUGGUUAUCAGUGGCACUACAAUUUCCAUUUGGUUUCGUAUGCAGCCACCUGUAUUUUCCUUUAUGCCAACAUCUUGCCAGCCAUACUGUGGGCACUUUUCAAGUAUAGUCUGAAGCCGGUUGAUGAAUCGGAUGCCGUUGAGACUGAUAGUGCCACCUAUACACCAUCAUUAUUGUCACUUAUGUGCAUUUAUGGCUACAGUUUAGCCAUUUAUAUACCAGUCUCCAUUCUUUGGGUCAUAAAUAUCUCUUUACUGCAAUGGCUAUUGGUCAUAACCGCUGCACUCCUUUCCGGCACUGUUCUUAUUGCUAUACUUACGCCCGCCUUGCGUAAUUCACAGUACUCGCUAUUCCUUAUCAUUGGCAUAUUGGGUGCGCAUAUUGUGCUGGCUGCUGGAUUCCUCUUGUACUUCUUUCACAGUCCAGAUGUUCCAUUGUCUGCAAAGACAUCUACAACUACAUCUGCGCCCGUUGCUGCUGCUGCUGCAGUUAAAGUUGCCUCGGAUGCACUUAAAAAUCUUGUGCCCGCCAAUAAGACACGCUAAGACCAUUCCAGAUUCCCAAUCUAUUGUGAGCCAAACAAAAUUUAAAAACCUUUUAAUCGGGGUCAUGUGUGAAGAGAGCAGGUGAAGCUGUAGCGACUGUAUAUUGAUAGUAAAUUGUAUAUCUUAGUAUAUGUAUGAUGUAAUCUAUAUGUGUUUAUCUGUAUAACUAAAUAUUAGACAUAAAUGACCAUUUAACUAGCAAUGGUAAUUGAUAUUAUUA